CAGCAGGAAGUCAUGAUGCCUGGUGGGUGUUCCGUGAAUGUUGGAAGACUGCUGUGCCCUGAAUUAGUUUUAUCUUCUUACAAAAAAAGAAAAACAAAUGAGUACCUAAUAUGGAAGACAGACAAGAGACAGAUGAUAUAAACAUUACGUGAUGCUGAGGUAUUCCCUGUAUCUUCUUUGAACAAUGGGAUGGAAUGGCAUACAGCAGAAAUAAUGCUCUUAGUUUCUGCCUUGGACCAGAAGCUCUCUCUUCCUGUUACUUGGAGCCCUGUGUCUCCCUGUGAGUAGCCCAACUACCUUCCUGCAGAGAUAUCAUGAAUCUUGGGGAGCACACAGAGAGGAAGACAGCCCCCAGGAACACCAGAUUGCCAUCCCUGGGGAACAGAAUGCAACCCGGGAUCUAGAGAGCUGUCACAUUCCAAGAAAUAUUUAAAUUGUGCUGAUUUUCUUCUGAAGAACUGAGCCCAGGGAAUGAAACUCUCCAUCAAGUCAUGGCUUUGCGGGCAAUAGAUCAGAGGAUAUUGCCAGUUUUCUAAUGGAUUAUUGUUAUCGGGCAGGUUUUCUCUGAAGCUUCUCAGCUGCUGUUACAUUCUACUUGGAUGGGAACUGGAGAUCAGCCAGAUCACUUGUAUGCACAAAGCUGCUGUGGAUCUGUCUUUCAAACAAGAGCUGCAGAAAACGCUAUAGCAAGGUUGAAGCUUUAUCCACUCUGACUCACCCAGAAAGCACAGCCCUGAUUCUGCGUGAGAAAGGCUAUCUCUACAGAAACUAAAACGGUAUCAACGGUUUCUGUACAGCACAGAUUAUGACAGCGUCUUUCUUAAGAAGAGAAUGUUUAAAUUUCAUCAAAUGAAACAUAUUUUUGAAAUACUUGAUAAAAUGAGAUGCCUGAGAAAACGUUCUACAGUGUCAUUCUUGGGAGUUCUUGUCAUUUUUCUCCUUUUUAUGAACUUGUACAUUGAAGAUAGCUAUGUUCUGGAAGGAGACAAACAACUUAUAAGGGAAACAUCCACACAUCAACUGAAUUCAGAACGCUAUGUUCAUACUUUCAAGGAUUUAUCUAAUUUCUCAGGAGCCAUAAAUGUCACCUAUCGCUACCUAGCUGCCACACCUUUACAAAGAAAGCGGUAUCUUACAAUUGGACUUUCUUCAGUAAAGCGAAAAAAAGGAAACUAUUUACUUGAGACAAUUAAGUCAAUUUUUGAGCAAUCCAGCUAUGAAGAGCUGAAGGAAAUUUCAGUGGUGGUUCACCUAGCUGACUUUAAUUCUUCCUGGCGUGAUGCCAUGGUCCAGGAUAUUACACAGAAAUUUGCGCACCAUAUUAUUGCAGGAAGAUUAAUGGUUAUACAUGCUCCAGAGGAGUAUUACCCAAUCCUAGAUGGCCUUAAAAGAAAUUACAAUGAUCCAGAAGAUAGAGUCAAAUUUCGUUCCAAGCAAAAUGUAGAUUAUGCUUUUCUCCUUAAUUUUUGUGCCAAUACUUCAGACUAUUAUGUAAUGCUUGAAGAUGAUGUUCGAUGUUCAAAAAAUUUCUUAACUGCCAUCAAGAAAGUCAUUGCAUCCCUAGAAGGAACUUACUGGGUAACUCUUGAAUUCUCUAAGCUUGGCUACAUUGGUAAACUCUAUCAUUCUCAUGAUCUCCCACGUUUGGCCCAUUUUUUAUUAAUGUUUUAUCAAGAAAUGCCUUGUGAUUGGCUAUUGACUCAUUUCCGUGGUCUGUUGGCUCAGAAAAAUGUGAUCCGUUUUAAACCAUCUCUCUUUCAGCACAUGGGCUAUUAUUCAUCAUACAAAGGGACGGAGAAUAAGCUGAAGGAUGAUGAUUUUGAAGAGGAGUCAUUUGACAUUCCUGAUAACCCCCCUGCAAGUCUGUACACCAACAUGAAUGUGUUUGAAAAUUAUGAAGCAAGCAAGGCUUACAGUAGUGUUGACGAGUACUUUUGGGGGAAACCACCUUCAACAGGAGAUGUUUUUGUGAUUGUAUUUGAAAAUCCAAUUAUAAUAAAAAAAAUUAAAGUAAAUACUGGAACAGAAGAUCGGCAAAAUGAUAUUUUGCAUCAUGGAGCCCUAGAUGUUGGGGAAAACGUUAUGCCUAGCAAACAAAGGAGACAAUGUUCUACUUACUUAAGACUAGGAGAAUUCAAAAAUGGAAACUUUGAAAUGUCAGGUGUAAAUCAAAAAAUUCCAUUUGAUAUACAUUGUAUGAGGAUAUAUGUCACCAAAACACAAAAGGAAUGGCUAAUUAUUAGGAGUAUUAGCAUUUGGACUUCUUAGCCAAUUAAAUCAGUAUGUUCAGUUUCUGAAGCAGGUCUUCCUGCUUCCUCUUUUGCUACCUUUGUCUUUUGGAGGGAAAGCAAUGGAUGGGAUAUGUUAAAAGAAACAUUAAUUACAUUGGCAGUUUUCAUUUAUACUUUGUUGACAUAAUUUUACUCUUAAUACACACUUGUAUUUAUUUUAACGUCUGAAGUUGAAUAUCAGUCUGUAGCUAAUGCUACUUUCAUUUAUAUUUUUAAAUGUUCUUAGUUUUAAAAUUUCAACUGAUUGUCAAAAGGGUAAUAUGAAAGAUUUUAAAUGAAAAAAAUUAGUUUGUUGGAUGAUGAUUUUUGAAAAAUAGUCACCAACUGUAUAUACUUCCUCAAGAAUUGACAAUUCAUUAUAUCAUCAGAUAGCUUUUAUUAAGCAUCUGUGGGAAUAUACAGUUGGGUGGAAUGAUAAUCUGGUUUAUUUUUUCUGUAAACUUAAGUUUCCAUUGACUUCUGUACAUCUACAGUGAAUACCUCCUCAUAGAAGUGAUGUCUUUACAUAAUUUUUUGUGUAGGUGACACUAUGGAAAAAGAAAAAAAAGACUUAAAAAUAUCUCUCCCCUGAUUAUUUAUAUGAAAGGGGACAUUGUUCAUUGUUUAAAAACAUUUAAUUGAGCACCUAUUGUUGAUAAAUUUUCUGGGGGAAGCAGUCUUUUUCAAGUUUCCCUUUUGAAAAAAAAAAAGAAUAGUUAAGCUCAAUAUUUUCAGGUUACAUUGAGUACCCACAUUUAAUAGAAUAAAUUAGGGAAGGCCUAUAGUAGUUAGCUCAUUCGUACAGACAUUUUCAGUAUAUGCAGAAAAUUUUUUGAAAUUGAUUUUAUACAUUUUGUAUUAAAAUCCAUGUGAUUGAAAUUAUUGUGACUUAUCAUAUACUUUUUUGGAAUUUAAAUCGGUAUAUUAUAAAGGAGAAAAGUAAGAACCAUAGAAAUUAGUUGACUUUUCUAGAAUCAAAGAUCUAUCUCCUAGCAAGGCCAGAAUGAGAGAUCUGAUAUUCUGAUAACCAGACAAUGCUCUUUUUCUCGUAUGAUUUCUCCUGACAGAUUUAUGCUUUCUGUAUUCUAUUUGCUACAUGACUGUCAGAUAAUAAGUUAUACCAUCUGGAAAUAGGUGGUACAAUUCUUGCAUAAAUAAUAUUAUCCUAAAUAAUGUCCUAAAUGAUGCUUUUUUGGUAUAAGCACCCAAAUAGUAAGCAAACUUGACUGAACUUUUCCUAAUAGGGAUUGGAGAGUGUGUCUUUACAAUGUGUCCGUUAAAGUAAUUCAGGACACCUUAGUGUGUCCUAAAGACAUUGGUUUUCAGAAUGUCCUGAGCUUGUCUCUUCCUUUUUGUUUUUUAAUGAACAGCAAAAACUAAGGGAUUUAUUAUAAAGGGAAAUGGAAGGUGCUUCAUAUAUGUUUAAGGAACUCAAGUAUGUAUUCAUAUAGAUGACUGUGUGUGUGUGUGUGUGUGUGUGUGUGUGAAGGCUAGACUUUUGCUAGUAAGACAGAAUGAGGAAAUCUUCCUGCUCUUCCUUUUCAUACUGAAACACAAUCCUUAAGAUUUACUGGUAUGCUGUGGCCCAAACGACACUAGGAUAUUUUUAUUUUAUUCGUUCUCUGCAAAUAAAUGAGAAACUCAGAUAAAAAAUGGAAACUUUUUAUUUCAUUUAUAAACAGCUGUUGUGUAUUUUCUUUGUACUCAGCUACUAAAGUGUUAGAAGAAAAAUGAACCUUUCAUAAGAGGCUAAAUAUCAAUAUUUUGUGAGGCACCUAAAUCUUGCAGUCAUAGGAAAAUAUGAACACUGCCACUAAAUUAUUAUCUUUACCUUGAUUUACAGGAUACUUGCCAGACACCUAAAAAUGUCCUAUUUUCUUUAUUUUUCUUAUCUUUUAUUAACCGGCUAGUUGAUAGUAUUGUGUGUAUAUCUCAGAAGUUACAAAUGGCAUUAUUUUCUUCAUUGUCAAUGAUAAAAGGUACACAAUUGUAUGCCAAAGACAUGUAAUAUCAAUAGCUAGGCAGACUCCCUGAAAUGAGUUGUAACCCCUUACGUAUUCUUCUGGGAAUGGCUUUCUAAAGAUCAGCUAUUGGUGUCUAUCAAUGUCUUAAAAAUGUUUCAAGAAACAUUGCUGAGGGUAGCAGUGAAGUUGGAUGUUUGCUAGGAAAUUAUGAAAACAAAUGUGACUCAGAGAGGUCAUUUCACAUUUUAUCUUUAUACCCUCUCUUUACUAAACCUGUGUUUGGAUAAGUUGGUCAAUCAUCCAAGGAUCCUCUAUGUUUUCUUUACAGUUGACACUGGGUCAAUUUUCUAAGGAAAACACCUUGACAAAUAAAGCAUCUUCAUUAGAGGUCAAGAGGAAAAAUAACUAUUCUCUUUCAAAAGAAAAUCUGAACAAUUUUUUUUAGCAUGGCCCAAUGUUCUAUUUCCUAUAUUUAGAAACUUUGAAUAAGGGUCUAGUAAUCUUGUCUCAGAGGCAUAGAAACAAAAGUACAGUUAUUAGGUUUAACUAUACUCAAACUAUUUGCUAUUUUUAAACAUUUUUGCUUUAAGUUUAUAUAUAUACAUAUAUAUAAUACAUAUAUAUAUAUAAUUUUCUUUGUUAAAAAUAACAAUUGAAAAAGACUGGCAUGAGACAUGAAUGGUUGAGUCAUUUAAUUGCCAUACAAAUAAAAUGCUGACAGGUUUCAAGCAAAAAAUAUAGUAUGCACCUUAAAUAAUGCCUCAGAAUUGUAUAAUUUAAGCUGACUAAAAACCUUACUUACUCUUAAAAUUCUCCUUAGGGGAGCCUUUUCAGCAGUUAUGGACAUCAAAGAAAAAAGUAUCUUGUAAAAGCACAAUGAAAUUUAGAAAAUACACAUUUUAGUGGCAAUCACAAAUGUGGAUAUAAAAGAUACAUAAAAUAUGUUAAUGCAAGAACUUUUUCAUAUUCAUUGAAAACUAUAACUUUGUGCUAUUUAUAAAGUAGAUAUUUUCCAGGUAUGAAAAUAUAAUUUGGAAACCAACCUGUCGUUUAGAUCUAUUUCUUUCAUAUAGCUACACUAUGAGUUGUGAACAUUCUAUUUCUUACUGGGCCAGUAUUCUCUGGGAAUUUUUAUAAUGCUAUCAUAGAAAAACUGUUCUGUAUAAUAAUUAUAUAAAAAUGAAACAAACAUUUGCAAAUUAUAAUAUAUGAUGUGGUAUGGAAAGUACCUACAUUUUUAGAUGCUCAAAUAUUGGCAUAUUUCAUGUCAAUAUUUGCCAAUUUGUCAACAAGUUUAUGGCAAAGAACAUGAUACCAGGAUUAACAUUGAAAACACUACAUCCAGUGCCAUCUAACAAUUGAAGGAAACAGUGUGUAAUUCUCUUCUUUUUCCUUGACAAUACAUCCAUCAACACAGUAAUGGCAUCAUAUUACUGAGUAAUAGAGCUCAUGCUUAAACUUUAUAAUAUUUAUUAUGGGAUCUACUGAUAAAAUGAUUUACCGUUUUGUACAAAUUCAACUGAUUUUGGGGGUUUUCUUGUAAGGUUUAAUAUUAAUUUUAGGAUAAUUUUAUCCUGUUUCUUUUGAUUCAUGAUUCCAAACUUUCUAGAUCUUGCUUCUGUCAUUCCACGUCUUAUUAUGCCUCCUCAGCUUUGUGUUUCAACAAGUUUUAUAUGCAUGCCUUUUGUCUUCAUGGGAGACAAAACAGAAGGUUCAUACAGACUUGAUUUUGACACCCAGUUCUGCAUUACCAGCCUCCCAAUAUGAGGAAAUUUACUUAACCUUCUUGAAACUCAGUUUCUACAUCUGUGAAUAGGAAUAAUUUUGCCUCAUAUGUUUUUAAAGGUAGCAAUUUUACCUUGUAGCUCCUUGUAGAGCUGGAAUUGAGAUAACAUAAACUAGGCACACAAUAAAUAUUUGUUUCCUUUUUAUCCAUGUCAUGUAUAUGUAACAGGAUAUGACCCUGGAAAACAUUACCAGAGGCCUUCAUCGUAAUCAAUAACAAUUAUAAAAUUUACUGCCCUUUAAAAAUGUUAUUCAGCCUACCUUUUCAUAUUUUGUCCAGAGAAUAUCAUGUGGAAUUAUAUAGACACUUUCCUAAAAUCAAUAUAUAUUCCUGUCAUUCUAAUUUAUUACUCUAGAAACCUUAAAAAAAUAUCAAAAUUGCCCCUAGUGCUCUCAUCACAAAUAAUAAUAUUCAUUUCUGUUUUAAGAAACCUUGAUCCAUUUACAUUGAAAAACAAAGAGACAUAAAGUCAUUUCCUAGUUUCUAAGAUGUUGUUUAGAAUCUACCUUAAGCUCAGAAAUGCAGUCUUCAGAAUCUUUUUACUUUUUUUUUUUAAUGUCAGGGUCCGGUUCUCUGGCAUCUUUUCUAUCACUGGCAAAAGUUAUCAAUGCACUGACCUAUAAAUUACCUUGGCAGUGAUGUUUGAAAUAGGUAUCUUAUCUCCUAGUCUACUUUGAGUUUCAUUGUUGAGUUUUCCAUUACUUUGAAUUUCUUUCAGAUUGGGGUUAUUCUUUU